UUGAUAAUGGUUCUUCUGAAGCACCCUCUCAUCCAAUGGUCAAAAUGUGGUUGGCACGUAUGGCUAAUGUUCUAGAGUUGAAGUCAUUAACCCAGAAGUCGUUUGCAGAGUAUCACAGUAAACGAAAUCCAGUGGAACGAGUUCACGCUGUCGAGAACCGCGCCUUAUCCAAUGAGGUUUUUACAAGUACUGGUGUACACAAAGAAUAUGAGAAAGACGAUCAGCAGCAUUUGGAAAACAUGGAAUUUGUGGCAAAUGAAGUUGGAAAAUCUUUACAGAAUGCUUGAUAUGGUGGGAAGCCACUAUCUUUGCAGCGUGGUAUUGGUGAUGAAGAUAACUUUGUUUUUGAUGGCGAGAAACAACUUUUGACCUUUCUUGGUCGUAGUGAGAGACUAAAGAAUGAAGAUAACGAACACUACUUCCCUAAGCAAAACAAACUUUGGCAGGACGUUGCGUUAAUUUGGGAUUUGAACGUAGAUUUUGUUGGAUGCUACCGACAAGAUUACCAAAGGCUCAAAAAAUACGUUCGAUGAAGGAGAGCAAACCUGUUUGGCAAAUAAAUAUUCGACAAUAAUUUUAAAUCCAGAUCUCGAAGAAGACUAUAAAAAAUUACUAUGUUAGUUAGGUGGUACAAGACAGGUGGUGAACUUCAUUAUAUUCCUUUAGAAAAAAUGAAGAAUUUAGAUACAGAUGUCAUUGAUGCCACACCAGGAGCAUUUAUUCCAUCAAAUAUUCUUGAUAUCGCUUCAAACUUUUUAAACAUGAUGUGGACAGAAUAACACCCGGUGUAGCAUUCCUUAGUUGAUAAAUCAUACAAAAAUGAUAAAGAAAGGGAAUACUGGAGGCAUCAAGACUUGUAUAAGACAAAGGACAAAGCAUUAUUGAUACGUCAAUGCAAAGAAUUCAAAAUUUCAUCCGAGGGGAAGAAACACCAAAUUGUGCAGCGACUUGUCGAAACGUUGAAGCUUCCUUUACCUCCACCACUAGAGAUUUACGAUGGGGACAUCAACUCACUUCCAUCAUCGAUUACCGAGUUGUCACAAAUGCCUAUAUUUAAGUUGCGAGAAAUUCUUCGCUAUCAUAAUGUUCUCGACUGUGACACAAAGGAUGAGUUGGCCAUAAGGGUCGGCAUGGUUAUUUCGGGAACUGCUAGUCUUGCUUUCAAAAGGGAAGUUUUUGCAAUUAAAAAUUUAGUAACAGCAACUAGAUCACUGAUACAACGACAGAAGAGAAUGUACAUUCUGGAUCCAAAAAUAAUAUCCAAACAAAGAAUGUUCACCACGCCUUCAAGCCCAACGAUAAGCACCUCACGCCCUAGGGAUAGUGCCUCUGUUUUCAGCAAGAAAACAAAGGCAUUCAUUCCACUACCGCCUGAUUUAA